AUGACACACAGAUUCAAUGCAUUCAAUGAUACCCCUCGAGGGAACCAUUGGAUGGGAGCAUCUCCCUCUCGUCAUAAUAUUAAUGCACCUUCAUUUGACAGAGGUAACAUACUGGAAAGCGACCAAACGCGACAGUCACACGGCGUAGAAAGAAAUCCAUCUGCUUCAAACAAUACCAAGGAUAGUACUGGUAGUAUGAAUAGUGCCAAUCCUUUGAAUGAUAAAAAGUUUAAUGUUAAUGAUCCAAAUGUACAAUUAUAUGUGGAAUCUUUGCCCUUACUAUCGACAGAGAUUUUAGAUGUUUCAAAACAAAGAAGUUUAGCAUUAGUUACCUUUUUAAUAAUACAAGCAUACAAGAUAUAUGAUCUUAUAUUGUUAAAGAGUGGAUUAACGGUUUCUGGCUUAAGUUCCCAUAAUUCUUAUUUCAAUUUCUUAUCGAAAUAUUUUAUUAUAGACUCUUUGUUUUUAUAUUUCUUACCCAGUUUUAAGAUACCAAGAUUAACUUUUAAAAAAUAUGUGACAUAUUUACAAAUACUAGUAAUGGCAGUGUUGACUAUUUUCCUCUCUAGGGAACAAGAUUUCUUCAUUGUUAUUAUGAUAUUAUCAAGAUGGAAAAAAUUAUAUUUUCAAAAAGAAUUAACAGUAACAGGAGCAUCCAUCAAUAGACAUCAAAAAUUAAUUGAUUAUUCAUCUCAUUUCAAAGGUGCUUUGACUAUUAAAAUUUUACCUGAAAAUACUGCAAUGUUAAAUCCAUUACAUGAAUCAUAUUGUUUGCCGUUAGACUCCUCGUUUACCUCAUUAAUUGAUAAUGAAAAUAGAGGCACUCAAGUUAAUAUCCCUGUUAGGAUCAAUUCCACCGAAGAUAUUAAAUUGAUUGAAUUAGAGUAUAGAGAUUUUUAUACAAAUGAAAUUCAAUUGAAAAAUUUAACAACAAAAGAUUUCCAGAAGAUUUUAAAUCCUUCUUCCCUUCUAUCUAAAGAUAGGAGUCUAUAUGAAAGCGAUAUUGUAAAUGGUCAGGAUUCAACAGUAUCUUCAGGAGAUAAAAAAUCUACUAUGCGUUACAUUAAUAUCCCACUUAAGCAAAUUGGGUUCUAUCAAAUCAAGAAAAUAAUUGAUACUAAAAAUUUAAACUUGAAAGUAUAUCAAUCUCAUGUGAUUGUACCACAUUGUCCAACCGCAACAAUGGUGGCCUCCGGGGAUUCAAACAGAUGCCUAGGUGAUAAAGAUGAAAUAAGUAUCGAAUUACAUGGUGUUCCACCUUUAAAGUUGAGUUAUUCUAAAGUAAUUGAUGAUAAGGUAUAUUCAUUUGUAGAUACUAAUUUAGAACCUGAAUUCUUUAAAUCACCAUUAAAACAAUCAAAUAUUCUCAACGCUAAGAAAACUUUUUCUGCUACUGAUUUGGAAGAUUUAACUUGGGCUCGUAAUCAUAAAGUGAUGAUUUCAUUAAAUUCAACCACUCUCUCUGAUGGUCAUUACACAUAUAAGAUCGAUAAAUUAAUAGAUCGAUUAGGUAACACGAUGGAUUUCACUAUGUUAUCUGAUCAAUUGAACAAAAAGUAUGAUCUUAUGAACGAAUUUGAUGUUUAUAAUCCACCAAGAGCAUCUAUGGAUGAAACAUUCAAUUCUGAUUCUCCAACUAAGAGGGAUAUCACUAUUAAUUUUGAACAUCUUAAAAAUUGGGAUAAAGAUUUACCACUUUCUGCUAAGGUGUCAUAUAUUGGAUCUAAUGGUCGAGAAGGUGACAAUAACGAAGUUGAAACUUUUGACGUCGAAUUGACCCAAUUGUCAAAAUCAUUCCAUGCUGAAAAACCUGGUAGGUACAUCCUGCAAUCCAUCAGUUCAAAAUAUUGUUCAGGUAUUAUUAUUGGGAAGUCUAGUAUUACAAUUUCUAAGCCAAUUCCACCUCAUUUGAAUGUCUCAUCUACUCCAAUCAUUGACCAGUGUAUAGGACAAGUAGGUCUAAACUUUGAUUUGAUGUUUACAGGUAUUCCACCAUUCCAUUACGGUGUUAAGAUUUUCAAAAUAGAUGGGGAAAGAAGGAAGCUUUUUGAAACUAAAAGAUUAAUCUCAAAGGGUUCAAGAAAUCAAUUUGCUUAUAAUCCAUCCACAGAAGGUCAUUACGAAAUUACAUUUGAUCAGAUAUCUAAUGAUCUAUAUAGGGAUCCGAUUGCUUUGAUACCAUCUGAAUUGUAUACAUUUGAGACAUCUAUGAGAGUUAAGCCAUCUGCUAGUAUAUCACUAAGGAACUAUAAGGAUUCAUUAAAAUUAUGUUUAAAUCAAAGAGCCAAGAUUCCAAUUGCUCUUCGUGGUGAACCUCCAUUUGCUUUCAAGUACGAUAUCCUUGAGACAACUACAAAUAACAAAAUGUCUUACUCGAUCGAAGAUGUUAAUUCUAAUGGUUAUGAAUUAAACACACCUGAAUUCAAUCUAGGUGGUGAUUACAUUGUUACUCUAGUAUCAGUUAAGGAUAACACGGGAUGUGUUGUAUCCUUAAGUGAGCCUGAUGUUAGAAUUAAGGUAAGAGGAGAUAUCCCUUCUGCCUCCUUUAACAGACUAAAUAGAGAUGGCUCCGAUAAUAGUAUUAGUAUCAAACAAAACACAGUAGUAGAUAUUCCAUUAAAAUUAUCAGGUGAGGGUCCCUUUAAGGUCAAAUAUCAACAUGUGGCUUUAGAUGGACGUGUCCUCGGUUCAUUUGAGAACAGGUUUGAGACCAGUUACAAGGCAGGCCUAAGGGUCAGCAAAGAAGGUUUGUAUAAGUUGUUAGAAGUAAGAGACUCUAGUUGUAGUGGUGAGAUUAUUCAGGGUGAAGAAUUGUUUAAAGUCAAUUAUUUGAAAAAACCUACAUUUACAAUUCAAGACAAAUUUUCAAAACUCAAGAAGAUUACGGAUUCUGUAUUUAUUAACCCUCCUGUUUGUCAAGAUACAGGUGAGACGAUUGAUCUUCUGUUAACGGGUUCGCCACCAUUCAUUUUAAAUUACGACCUUAUGAUACCUAAUGGCAAUGUGCUGAGCGAAAAGAUUCAGGUUGCUACAAAGUAUACAUCAUUGAAGAUACCUAAUAAUGAAGCUGGUGAGUUCGUUGUUACUAUAAAAAGUAUUUAUGAUUCUAACUAUGAAGAACAAGAAUCAAAAUCAGGUGCUACUAUAAAUAGUGACCCUAAUGAAAAGAUUAUCAAGCAAGUCGUAAAUCCAUUACCAUAUGUGGAAUUUGCUAAUCAAGAAAAGACAUUUAGAACAUGCUCUGCAAAUAUUGAUCAAGAGGCACUAUUAGAUCCAAUCAAUAUCAAACAGUACUCUGGUAAAGGCCCAUUCACCAUUGUAUUUAAUGUUUAUCAUGAAAGUACAAGCCGGACUGAAGAACUAACCCUUAAAAAUGUAUCAACAGACUCUUUCCCAUUCCAAAAGUUGUAUGAUGGUCUGAAAUUAGGAAAUCAUGUUAUAUCCAUUGUAAAGAUUACAGAUACAAAUGGUUGUGCUAACGAUUUGAGAAAUGUGCAGGAUACUCAAUUGAAGCGCUACGUUCGUAAUGGUAUUGAAAAUUUUAUUGGUGGUGAAGAUAACAAGAUAAAUAAGAACUACAUCUCUAUUUCAAUCACCGAUGUACCCAAAAUUCAUUUACUGGAUUCUCAAGUUGAAUAUUGCGUUGGAGAUUAUGUAACAUACCAAUUAAACGGUAUAGCUCCGUUCACGAUACAGUAUACAUUUAAUGAAGUUUCCUUAAGAACACAAGAACAUUCUUCGCAAUUUGUUAGAUUAGCAUCUGAGCCUGGUCUCAUCACUAUUGACUCCAUUGAGGACUCAACAGCACAAUGUUUAGUUAACUUUACUAAACCAGGAAUGGAAAAGGAUUUGAAGAGGUUGUCUUUGAAUGUCCAUCCAAUUCCAUCUGUCACAGUUUCGCAAGGUAAUUAUGUUGUUGAGGAUAUCCACGAAGGUGGACAAGCUGAAGUGUUAUUCUCUUUCGAGGGAACGCCACCGUUCUCACUGACAUAUGUUAGGACGGAAGACAUUGAGUCUGAUAAUAAUGGUAUUAUGAUGAGAAGGCCUCAAGUCGUUGAAACUCAUAAAGUAACAGAUAUAUUUGCAUAUCAGUAUAGAGUGGUAACUAGCUUACAAGGGACUUACGAAGCAAUUGAAAUUUCGGAUGCUUUCUGCUUUGCCAAAAAUGAUGCCUUUUUCGAUAACUAA